CAAGCUCGUGAUCUCAUUUGAACACAUAUCGUCAGGAUUUCGGUUUUGGCGUAGUCACAGAGUUGUAAAAGGUGUGGCUUGAAGUGGACGGGAGACGUUUUAGCAAAGAAACCGAACCCACCCACAAAUAUCUGGAAUGUCAUCUGUAUGGGAUGAUUUGGAUCUUCUCUUGGAGGCCCCAUCCUCCUUGACUGUAACUUCAACAACACGUGGCACUAUUAAAGAAAAGCCGGGCUUUAAUCCAAGUGAGGAUGCUGCUGCUUUAAGGAAAGCUAUAGAGGGUAUUGGCACCACUGAAAAGACUCUUUUCGACAUUCUGACUCAAAGGAGCAAUGCCCAGCGCCAGCUCAUCUGUAAAGCCUAUCAGGAGGCUACAGGAAGGACUCUGUGCGAUGACUUGGAAGGUGACACAAGUGGAGAUUUUGAAGAUAUAUUGGUGGCCUUGAUCACUCCUCCUGCUAAGUUUGACUGCCAAGAGUUUAUACGGGCAAUAAAAGGAGCUGGAACAAAUGAAAGCAUCUUAAUAGAACUAUUUGCAUCGCGCUCUAACCAUCAAAUCAAGGCUCUGUGUGAAGAAUAUCUGGCGGAAACUGGAAGAUCGCUAAUUCAUGACCUUAAAUCAGAGGUGUCAGGAGACUUUGAAAAAACCUUGCUGAUCCUUGCUGAGGGCAAGAGGGACGAGAGUACAAAUGUGGACUUGGCGAAAGCUAAAGAGGAUGCCAAGAUAUUAUAUGAGGCAGGAGAAAAGAAGUGGGGAACAGACGAGAGCAAGUUUAUCGACAUCCUCUGCCACAAGAGUGUUCCUCAGCUCAGACAAACUCUGGUCGAGUACAAGAGUGUGAGUGGAAAAACCCUGCAGGAGAGCAUUGAGAAUGAGAUGUCUGGAAGUCUGGAAGGCAUUCUGGUGGCUAUAGUGAAAUGUGUGAAGAGUGUUCCGGCUUACCUUGCAGAGCGGCUGUAUAAAAGCAUGAAGGGUGUUGGUACUACUGAAUCCACCCUAACUAGAAUCAUUGUGGGCCGAUCAGAGAUUGACCUCCAGGACAUCAAGGCCGAAUAUAAGAAGCUGUUUGGCAAAUCUUUAUACUCUGCGAUUGAGUGAGAGCGGAGAGUGAUUUAAAGAGCAAUACAGACCGCCGGAGGGAGAGAGAGAGAGAGAUGAGCUUCCAGCAAGAGUGUGUGUGUGUGUGUGUGUUGGAGAGCAUUUUGGAAACAAAGCAUAAGAUUGUGUGUAGAAAUAACAGUCACGUUGGUUUGUUACCCAGCACCUUGUCACAUAUUCCCAGCAAAAUUCCAAGUCUUCAGAAGCCAUACAAUCGCUUUGAGUGACAAACAAAUAAAACAUUUAAGAUGUAAUGUUACUGAAGAAAGAAAGUCAUAUGUUUGGGAACAACCUGAACAAAUGAUGACAAUAUUUUCACUUGUGUGCAAACUAUCCCUUUAAGUAUGUGGCUAUAUUCACAACUUGAAACAAUAAGAAUGUUCUAUAACCAGAUUCCCUUGAGUCCAUGUGGAUUUUAGUAUCACAUUUACAAAAAAAAUAAAAUAAAUGAUAACGGCUUACUAAGUCACUUAUUUAUGUACUGAAUGGUGAGGUGAAUAAUAUUCCUUGUUUUGUCAGGGGUAUCUUUGUAAUAGGGGUCUUGUUACAUUUGUAUAUUCUGAGUGUGUAAAAGCUGAAGAUUUAUGGAAUGCAUUGAAUG